UUGGGAAUGUGAACUCCAGUAGCCCUGUCCAGCAAAACCUCAAUAGCCAAGUCCAGGCACAACCAAACAGUGUGAAUAUUGGCAACUUGAAUGUGAUGGGCAAGAGUCCAUUAAACCAGGCAGAUGCUGGUGUUUCAAGCCUGGCCAAACAAGCAGCCAGCACAUCUGGGCCCAACACCACAGCCACUCCAGGCCUGAAUUCUCAAGCACAGAAACAAGUGGGGAUGGUGACAAGCAGUCCGGCAACAUCCCAGACAGGAUCUGGGAUAUGUAUGAACACUGGCUUCAACCAGGCUCAUCCAGGUCUUCUCAACAGUAACUCUGGCCACACUUUAAUGAAUCAGAGCCAACAAGGACAAGGGCAGAUGGGAAUGGCCAGUAACCCAGGUCCCUUUGGGCAACCAUUUAGUCAACCUGGAGGGCAGCAGAUGGGAGCAACAGGAGUCAACCCACCGCUAGCAAAUAAACAAGGCAUGGCAAAUAACUUGUCUCCCUUUCCUUCAGAUAUCAAGAGUGUUUCAGUUACCAGUGUGCCAAAUAUGUCUCAGAUGCAAACCCAGGUACAGCAAGUGGGAAUUGUGUCAACUCAGGCAAUGGCAACAGGGCCAACAGCUGACCCUGAGAAACGCAAACUGAUUCAGCAACAGCUAGUUCUACUACUUCAUGCUCAUAAGUGUCAGAGGCGAGAGCAAGCAAAUGGAGAGGUGCGGGCAUGUGCUCUUCCCCACUGCCGAACCAUGAAAAAUGUCCUCAAUCACAUGACACACUGUCAAGCGGGAAAGGCCUGUCAAGUGGCACAUUGUGCAUCAUCACGUCAGAUCAUAUCCCACUGGAAGAACUGUACACGGCAUGACUGCCCAGUGUGUCUCCCAUUGAAAAAUGCUAGUGAUAAGAGAAGCCAGCAACCUCUCCUUGGCUCACCAGCUGGUGGGAUUCAGAAUUCUGUGGCAUCUGGAACAGGACAGCCCAUAACUCCUUCCCUAACUAAUCCCAACCCUAUUGAUCCCAGUUCCAUGCAACGAGCCUAUGCUGCUCUUGGCCUACCCUAUGGCAAUCAACCACAGGCACCGUUGCAGCCACAGGUACCAGGCCAGCAGCCUACACCACCUCAAACCCACCAGCAAAUGAGGACCAUCAGUGCACUGGGAGCUAAUCAGAUGAAUCUAGCUGCAGGAGGAAUAACUGAUCAACAGACUACCAUGAUCUCAGAAACAGCUCUUCCGACUUCACUUGGGACAGCAAACCCCUUAAUGAGUGAUGGCACAAAUUCUGGCAGUGUUGGAAAUCUCAGUGGCUCUAUGCCAACAGCUGCACCACCUUCAAGUACCGGGGUGAGGAAGACCUGGCAUGAGCAUGUCACCCAGGAUCUGCGCAAUCACUUAGUACACAAACUCGUACAAGCCAUUUUUCCAACUCCUGAUCCAGCAGCAUUGAAAGAUCGUCGGAUGGAGAAUCUGGUGGCUUAUGCUAGGAAAGUUGAAGGGGAUAUGUAUGAAUCAGCGAACAGUAGGGAUGAAUAUUACCAUUUAUUGGCAGAGAAAAUAUAUAAGAUACAAAAAGAGCUAGAAGAGAAACGGAGGUCUCGUUUGCAUAAGCAAGGGAUCUUGGGUAAUCAGCCAGCCUUACAGGCCCCUGGGACUCAACCUCCUGGCAUUCCGCCAGUGGCAGCAACUGUGGGACAAGCGCAACCUGUGAGACCUCCCAAUGGGCCUAUAUCCAUGCCAAGUGUGCCUCUGGGCCGUAUGCAGGCCUCUCAAGGAGUGAAUCAGUUUAACUCCAUGUCCAUAGGGAAUGCCCAAAUGCCUCCAGCAUCAGUCGGGCCUCGUGCUGCUUCUCCACUGAACCAUCCCAUUCAGAUGAACUCCAUGGCUUCUGUUUCGACGAUGGCUCUGUCUCCUUCCCGAAUGCCUCAGUCCCAAAACGUGAUGGGAGGUCAUUCUGGCAACCUCUUGGGUCCGCCCGCUGCCCAAACCCAGUUCCUGUCCCAGAAUCAGUUUCCUGCCUCUAGCGGAGUUCUGAAUGUCAACAGCGCAGCCCUAGGGCAGCCAGCAGCACAGGCUGGAGUAGCGCAGGGUCAGCUUCCUGGCAGUGCUGUUCCUAAUUCAGUAACCAUACUGGGAUCACAAAAUAGUCAGCUCUCGUGUCCUCCGGUGAGCCAGUCACCCCUUCAUCAGGCUGCACCUCCUUUAUCCACUAUGGCUGGAGUGCCACCUCUUCCACACCAAACCCCUCCAGGACUUACUCCACCACAGCCAGUUGUGCCUGCCCAGCCAUCCACCCCUGCCUCCUCUUCAGGGCAAGCCCCCACCCCAGCAGCCGGCUCAGUUCCCAACGCCAUGCAGAUGCAAAGCACCCCUUCGGGCCAAAUGGCAGCACCGGCUCAGGUCACCCCACAGCCUCAGACCCCAGUGCAUCCUCCAUCUGUGCCAACCCCACAACCCCUGCAGCCGCAGCCACCGCCAAUGGCAACCCAGGCUCCCGGCACUCCGCUAUCCCAAGCAGCAGCGAGUACUGACAACAGGAUACCUACUCCCGGCUCUGUUGCCAGUGCUGAUGUCAGUGCCCAGCAGCUUGGUCAGGAACCACAAAUGCAAGAAAAUAAGCCAGAAGUCACGAUGGAAAAAGCUGACUCAGAAUAUGGCGAGGCUCAGCUGGAGCCAAAACCUGAGUUGGAGGAGGACAUACCAGGACCUGCACGAACCAAAGAAGAAACUAAUGGGGUAGAUAGCAAACAAGAGUCCAUGGAGGUAGAAGGGAAAAAAUCUGAGCUAAAAGAAGAGGAGGAUGGGAGCAGCAAUGGCACUACAUCACAGUCUACAUCACCAUCUCAGUCACGGAAAAAAAUUUUUAAACCUGAAGAGUUGCGCCAGGCCCUCAUGCCUACCUUGGAAGCUUUGUAUCGCCAGGAUCCAGAGUCUUUACCUUUCAGGCAACCUGUGGAUCCUCAGCUUCUAGGUAUUCCGGUAAGUGAGCAAAUAUAAGGAAAUUCGCUAAUU